AUGAAAAGUACAUCAGCUAAACCGAUUGAGCGCUUUGGAAUUUUGCAAGGUUCUUCUUUUGAUUCAAUUGUUGUAGCAAACACUGCUAAUACUGAUAAACAGGAUUCAGAUUCAGAUGUACACGGCUUAUCAAUAUUUGAUAUUGUUGAUGAUGAUCAAUACAAAAUGGAGCCAACAAUGAUCAAUGCUGUUGUUACAAAUGGAAUGUAUGCUACAAAUGGUGCGUUAGAUUAUCCAUCGGUUGGCUCGAGACUAGCAAUGACUAGCACAUUGUUUCCAGUUUAUUCGAAGGGUAGGGAAUAA